AUGGGAGUUUUGGAUGUGACACAACGAGGACCUUCCUCAGAUGACAGUAUCACAGGUAUUGAGUACCAUUCUCAUGCCCCCUAUACUGCAAGCUUCAAUGCCAACGAUGAAGUGAGGAUACCAAUCCAGCAACAAGAUGUCUACACACUACCUUCAGAGAGCUAUCUACAUCUAGAGUAUACUGUACGUGGAGCUGACAAUGCUGCUGUGGCUGGAACACCAUGUGUGUCUGGAUUCUUUGCCAACCUGUUUUCAGAGAUACGCUAUGAAAUCAAUGGAGUUGAAGUGGAUGGUAUACGCAAUCCAGGAGUUACCAGUCUAAUGAAGAAUGCAAUGACAUUUGACCGAGAUGAAAAGUGCAAAAUGGAAGGAGCCGGCUACAAGUUUAGCUCAGAUGAUGGAUUUGCUGAUUUUGCUGCUAAUGGCGCCAACACAACUGUAAUGGAUGUACCCCUGAGAUACCUACUGGGCUUUGCUGAGGACUAUGGACAAAUUUUACUCAAUGUGAAACAGGAGUUGGUGCUGAGAGUCAGUGCAACCUUUUUGGACUGUGUGAAUGUGGCUGCUGCUAAUGUUGUAAUUACAAAGCUUUUGUGGAGAAUGCCCUAUGUAGAGGUGGCUGAUGAUGUGAGAAUGCGUCUGCUACAGAUUGUGCAGAAUGACACAGCAAUCAAUAUACCAUUUCGCCAUUGGGAGUUGUACACAUAUCUGACCCUGCCACAAGCAACAAAGCAUAUAUGGACUGUCAAGUCAACAGCUCAGCAUGAGAAGCCUCAUUACAUUAUAGUUGGGCUGCAAACUGCAAGACGAGGUGUAGCAGCAUCAAACAGUUCAAAAUUUGACAAGUGUGGUAUGGAGGAUAUUCGGGUGUUUUUGAACAACAAAUACUACCCCUAUGAAAGCAUUCAGGGCGAUGACAAUCUUGUUUACAACAUGUAUGCAGCUUUCAAUGGAGUCUACAACCACAAUGAUGCUUGUGCAUGCAAUCCGCUAUUUGAAAAAGGAGCUAUAAGCAAUAAUAACAUCAUGCUGUAUGCAUAUGAUUGUUCCUGCCAAAAUGAGUCACACAAAACUGGGAGUAUUGAUGUGAGAAUUGAGUUUGAAGAAACUGCCAACAUUCCAGCAAAUACAUCCGCCUACUGCCUGAUGAUUCAUAAAGUGAUUAAAGAAUAUCGACCAAUGUCAGGCCUUGUGCUGUCAGCAUAA